UGGAGGCGCCGGCUGUUCGGAGAGCGGCUGGUGCGUCCUUCCACCGACCCCUCGGACCCCCUCGAGCUCGUCCCCGUGGACGUCCUAGCCCCAGACAAACCUCUGGAGGACAACCCCGUCGUCGGAGUGUUCUUCCGCGUCCUCUCCGACAGCUCCAAAGCCGAGGACUCCACCCGCAGGCUGGUAGAUCUGUACUCCGCGGUCCGAGGGAGGUUGGAGGUCGUCCAGGUGUUCAUGCCCCCCUGGGUGGGGUUCCGCCAGGACGAAGACAACGAGAGUGUAGCCCGUCUGUUCCGACAGUCCUACCACGGUGUGCCUUGGUACACCAUGCCUAUAGAGGACGAAGUUAAAUGGGUGAGACUGAAGCACAGAUGUAGGGGCAAGGUGGGCAUGCUGGUGUUGCUGUGUGCCCACACGGGCAAGGUGCUGGCGAGGGACGCUAGCUACCACCUCAAUGAUGACCCCACGGGCAGCUGCUUCCCUUGGAUACCUCGUCCUGCCCACAUACUCAUGAAUGAAGCUGCCCAGAAGGGCUUGAUUGCGGGAGGACUCAGGAAAGGACCCAAAAUAAUCCCCUACAGUACAUUGGAUGGUUUCAUCAAGGGGCUGUAUUUCUCAGCACAUUGGUGUCCUCCGUGUAAGGCUUUCACACCUCAACUCAUCGAGUGUUAUCGCAAAAUCAAAGCUCGAGGACACAAGUUUGAAGUGAUAUUCAUCAGUUCAGACAGGAGUGAAGAAUCUUUUGAGAGCUAUCUCUCCACGAUGCCUUGGACAGCUUUGCCUUAUAAGAGCUCUUACUGCAAGGAGCUUGCCUCAAACCUAGAUGUCCAUGGUAUACCCACUCUGAUCCUCCUGGACCCUGAUGGAACCAUUAUCACUGAGGAAGGCAGGAGUGAAGUAAAGGAGGACCUUGAUGGAGAGUGUUUCCCAUGGAGGCAGAGGCCAGUUAACAUUCUGACAGACAGGCUAGCAGAGCUCCUGUAUGAUUCUCCUGCAGUUGUGCUGUUCGUAGAUGGAGACGAAGAUGAAGACUUAGAAUUCGGAGAAGCUGUUUUGCUACCAGUUGCAGAGUGGAUUGCUUCUCGAUCUCUUCAUCUCGACUACGAAUUACUCUUCUUUGUUGCUGUUGAGAACGAGGCCAGCGAAAGUCUGCGUUCCUUCACAAAGCUUGAAGAUGCGUCCCCUCUUGUGACAGCAAUAGACUUCCCCCUUAAUAGAUUCAGUGUUAUGGAAUAUGGUGCUGAAAUCACUGAAGACUCUGUCAAGACAUUCGUUUCAAACUUUAUAAGCAAUAAACUUCCAUUUAGACCAAUCAGUAUGAGUGAGAGUACACCUAGUGCAUAGGCAAAUGAUUGCAAUAAAUAAAUAAUUUAGAGAAU